AUGGCUUCUCGCGGGUUUAGAGAUUUUGACGAAGUAGAUCCAUUCUCCAAUGACAUUUCGAAUCAAGGAACACUGAAUGAAAGUGGUCUGAAAUGUGAAUUGAAAACGUUUGAAUCACGCUUCAAUUCGAAAGGAGAAAAAGUCGUGCUUAGUGUAGGAUCGAGGAAACACUUGGAGAUUCCAGAGGACAGGGCGCAUGAUUCUGCUCUAGUUUUGACAAGGUUUUACAACAAAGACAAGGAACUCGAUGGUACAACGUUGGAGAUUCGCUCACCUUAUAUCAAGCGCGCAUUCAAGGAAGUUGCCCCUGAAUAUAAGGAGUUAAAUGUCCAGGCUAAGCAUAUUUUUUUGGUCAAUGAUGCACGGUACUUAUUUUACUAUCGGAAAGAGCUCCAAGAAUAUGGUCGCAAAUUGAACGAUCAAACAGCUAUUGAACACCUCAUGUUCGCUCUCACUUACAUGUAUCGGAAAUUGGAACGCGAACUUCACACUUACUACAAUUUUGUCGAAGCCCCUUCUUCUCUCCCAAGCAUUGAUUUUGUAAGCUUGUGGAUGGUGUUUAGACCUGGGAGCUACAUGUACCUGAAAGUCGCCGAGACGGAAAGAGUCCUCAAAAUUGUUGAGAUCAAUAAAAGGGAACGCGCAUUCGAUAAACCUAGAUGGGUUGUCAAAGGACAACUUAUAACCUACAAUGGGCUAAAUUUUGGUUACAUUACGGAGAAUCAAACUAUCCGGUCAUACGAUGGCUAUAAACCGUUAACGGAUUUGCCCGUCAAGCCCCUAGAUUUUCUUGUGGACAGAGAACUUAUCACUCAGAGAAUGGUUGAAAGAGGCAAGAAAUAUACUAGCUUGCAUGGGACUCAUCAUUGCGAGUAUGACGGUACUGCAGAGGCCCUAGCACCCGAGAGGAGAAUCACAUUUGAGGGCGAAGAAGACGAGUUCCCUCUGCAAACUACGACAGUCAGAGGCAGAAUCAUGAUUGAUGGAAAGAGAUUCUAUGAAUCUGCGCCAUCCCAUGAACCCUAUUACGAGGGUAAAACUAUUAGUGUAGAAAACGAAGAACACCUGAAUCUUGGGAACGACGACUACCUGAUUUGCAGUUUUUUCAUCCCAGGAUUCGCACUUGUGGACAAGAGGUGGUGCUUUUUCAAUGUUGACUUGGUCAAGGACGCUGAAUAUAAUUUGGCAGCGUUCGAAAGCUUGAUGCUAGACAAAAGUUACAAGCAAAUGAUAUUCUCACUCGUCAAUGUACACACCAUCCUAGGAUUGUCAUUUGACGAUGUGAUUAAAGGGAAAGGGAAGGGUCUGAUCUUCUUGCUCCAUGGUGUCCCAGGCGUUGGCAAGUCACUUACUGCAGAAAGCGUCGCAGAUUUCUGCAAGCGUCCUUUGUAUACAAUAACUGCUGGCGAUAUUGGAGCUUCGUCGCAUACGGUAGAGCUGGGCUUGGGGAAAGCGCUUCGCUUGGCCGAGAGUUGGAACGCUAUAGUCCUGAUUGACGAGGCCGAUGUUUUUCUCGAGCAGCGUCAAACAAGCGAUCUUACAAGAAAUGGCCUUGUAUCAGUGUUCUUGCGGAUCAUUGAAUAUUAUCAGGGGAUUAUGUUCCUAACCACUAACCGUAUAGUAUCAUUUGACGAAGCCUUUAAAUCGCGCAUUCACCUUGCGAUAAACUAUCCCGCUCUCUCUCCAGCUUUCCGCAAGAGCUUGUGGAAGACAUUUUUGCGCAAGGUUUCACCAGACUCAAAGCUCGAUUGGCUGAGUCCGGCAAAUCUAGAGCAGCUAGCACACGAGAAUCUAAACGGGAGACAAAUCAAGAACACCGCGAGGACAGCUUAUGCGCUAGCUGUGGGUGAGCAGUCACCCAUAAAACUUCAACACAUUGAAACGGCCUUGAAAGCUAUUCAGGCGUUUGAGUCAGAUCUUGCAGGAGACAUCAUGCAAGACUAG